UAAUGCACGUUUUAUUUAAUCAGGUGCGUGCGAGCAACAAAUUAUGCCUUAUGUGAUUGAUAACCGGUUUUAGUGGUUGAAACAUGUUCAAUAAUAAUAUAAUGUCAACUUAUUUUAUGUCAAACGUGCGUGGGCAAAUACACAGUGUGAUACCGAGAAAUUUUAGAGAAAAAAAAGUAGGUGGAGACCGGAAUUAAUACAAAGCCUGACGCUGCAAGCUGCUGAGCCAGUCGGUCCAAGCGUUUCACGUGUUAAGCUGAUAGGGAAUUCGUCUGCAGAGUUGUGCAUUUCAUUAGCAAGAAAAAUUUUGAAGAGAGAUCUCGUACUUUCGUUUUAAUUUCAUCAUGCCGCACUACGACUUCAAAGAGAUAAACGUUUUCGACGACGAUGUAGACGAAAUGGACAUUAUUAAGGACAUAAUUAAAACUGAAAACCCGGAAGAUGCCUUCUAUGUCGCGGAUAUCGGUGACAUUGUUAAAAGACAUCAAGAGUGGAUUGACAAAAUGCCAAAGGUUAUUCCACAUUACGCUAUUAAAUGUAAUUCACAUCCGACAGUAAUCAAAGUCCUUGCAGCGUUAAACGCUUGUUUCGACUGCGCGUCCAAGCAAGAAAUAGCGCAAGUAAUGCAGUACGGCGUGAAAGGGGAACAGAUUAUUUUCGCGCAUCCGACCAAAUUGCCGUCUCACAUCAAAUACUCCAAGAAAGUGGGUGUCAAACAGAUGACAGUUGAUAAUGAAAUGGAGCUGACGAAAAUUAAAGAGCUCUUUCCCGAAGCUAAGAUUGUGAUACGCAUACGCUGUGACGCGAAGAACUCGCCGGUUUCGUUAGGAGCGAAAUUUGGUUGCGAGCCGCGUGAGGAAGCUAUGCGUUUAAUACGAUGCACGAAGGAUCUCGGCCUGAAUUUGCACGGCUUCAGCUUCCAUGUCGGUACUCCGUGCUUAGAGAUGGACGCUUAUCGCAGAGGGAUCAAAAUGUGCAAGCAGCUAGUCGCAGUUGCCAAAUCGAUCGGUUGCAAGGAUGUGCAGCUCAUCGACAUCGGCGGUGGAUUUUCCAGUGUGUGCGGGGAGGAACUCGAUGUGCUAGCCCAGAUUAUUAACGGCGCCAUCAAGGACCUCGAUCCGAGCAUAAGGGUAAUUAGUGAACCGGGCCGAUACUACGUCGGUUCGAAUUUCACUUUGGCCUCGUAUAUGCACUCCAAGAGGAUCGCCAUGUCCGAGGACGGCGUGCUGAAGCGGAUGUACUACAUGAACUGCGGCGUGUACAAUUCAUUCUUGGACGAACUGUUGGGCGUGCAGUCCAGGUUCCCGGAAUUAGUAUUCGAGUCGACGGACAAUGAAAAAUUCUCUUCGAGUUUAUGGGGUCCCACAGCCGAUUCAUUCGAUUUAAUCGUCAAGGACGUGCUGCUGCCCGAACUUUGUAUGGGUGACUGGUUAAUUUGGAGAGAUAUGGGUGCUUACACGUUAGCCCUUUCCAAUACAUUUAAUGGAUUCCCGAUUCCCGUUGUGAGACCAUUCAUUAGAAAGAGCCAAUGGAACAGUUUUCUGAAGCAAAUCAAUCAGAUAUAAACGCAGCUUUCUUUUACGAAAGGCAUUCAGUAAUUUUAAUAAAGGUGAUGUAAAAAAUUGUCGAGGAAACUCCGAGAUUACGUAGAUUACACGGAUUAUAAAACACAGAAUAUAUUAUCAUUUUUUGCCAUGCAUGUUAAAUCUUUCAUAUGUGGAAAAUGAAUUUGCCAAUAAUGUGAACAAGAUUUCAUUAAAUGGCGAGCAUCGUUAUUCCACGACCCUUUACUUUAAAUACAUGCGCUUUCUUUAUGAGAUCGAUUAUUAUAUUAAAUUAUUUGUUAACUUUUAUGACCAAUGUAGCAAACAAAGAGAAUAGAAUACACUUUAUUACAUGCGUUUUAUUGUUCUGCAAUAUUACAUGUUAAUAUCAAAAAUAAAAGAUUUUCUUUUAUUGUUUAAUACUCCUGAUAAGAGCAUAUUUUUUUAUAACAUACCUAUACAAAAGUUCAAAGGGAAUCGCUUUUAUGACUCGUGGUUGACGUAGGGGAAAAGAUAAGAGAGAGAAUGAAAAGGAACGUGGAAGGAAGAAAGGAAAAUGAAAAGGCAUAUUUGUCAGAGCUUUUUGUAGGCGAUGUACUAUGUCGACUACAAUUUUGCGCGUACCGGAAAUUGCGGUGGUUCGUACGGGUUUAUUUGGAAUGCACAGAAUCGUCGAGAACGUCGUUGCGUGCCGACUGCGAUUCGUCGUCGCGGCUAUGCCAAUUACUCGCCACCGAGAGCAAUUUGUCCUUAACGCUGCCACUAAUUUUUUGAUGCGUGCGAUCCUUGUUAUUUCUCCGUAAUAAUUCAAAUUAUAUGCAUGGUACAAUUAAUCGAUGAUGCAUGAGGUAUCAGUGAUUACAAUAGCACAAGAAGGGCGAUAAGUUCCCAGCGAAUGUGCACGAGUACGCAGAUUUAAAAGGAACAAGUGACGUAAAUAAUCUCACGUUUAACGUACAUACACAAACAGGCAUUACAUUAUAACUAUCCGGCUAAUCUUUAUUCCUAACAAUAAACUGUGACAGCACGAAUAAGAACAACGGUGGCGAGAAGAGGGAGACCAUAAAAAGUAUAGAGCUUCAUUCCAAAUUGCGCUUUUAAUGAGCGCUGGACAAACCGAGCAAAAACUCGUUCCAUAUUUCAUCGCUGCCGAGAAAAUCCACUCCCGUGCUCGGCUCAUUGACAUCGAUCCUCAUAAAGCUAGAAUAUUUUUGAUAUUUCUGUCCCAUUUCGCAUAAAUCGAAAUAAUUGUUGAAAAUUAGGAAAGAUAGCUGCGCUUAUCAAAUAUCAAAUUAAAUGUAAUUAUUAAUUCUGAAUUGAAUAAUGUUGUAGAAAGUGGAUAACUGUCCCGAGCUAACGGUAAAUGUUAAAUGUUUAUUAUUUAAACGUUAUGAAGUUAUUUUUUAACCGUUUUAUAGUACUAUAUCAAUAUUGAUAUAGGAAAACAUUACGAUUAUUAUUGCAUAUGUUAUAUUUGCUUUAACAGUUAUUCCAAUUAAUCAUAUAAUUUUCUAUUCCUUUAUAUGUGGUUAUUUUCGCUGUGAUGUCAACUGCUCAUUACCUCUCUAUAAUUUAAAUCAAAUUUCAAAAUGUAAUAUCGAAAUCCAGAUAGCUUCUUCGGAAUAACUAUUAUCAUGCACAUGAUAUGGAAUAAAUCGAUCAAAAAAGGAGAGAAAAUCAACUUUGCGCUGUUGGGGUGCAUCGAUUUCGCAAAGUCUAUUUUUGCACCCUGCCUCAACUCAACUCCCUUUUCCUCUGCUCAUUUCCGACAGCGUUCCUCCACUUGCUGACCCGAUGUCGGGAAAGGACGCGAACGCGGUACUAAGUAUGCAUAACCGGGUUUCCGUGUUCGAGUACGCGCUCGGACUUCACCUUCACCGUUGGGUCGGUUCGUAACUAGUUGGCGCGAUGCCAUGCAUAAAGGCGUGCGCUAAUAAGUAUACGGCUUCGGUACCAUAACCCGCUUCGAGUGGCUAACAAAUGCCUCAAAAUUCUUCGCCACCGCUAGUGCAUUUGCACCCUGUCGAAUAAGUCGAGUUUUCCUUGGACUUCGAUCUUUGCCCUCGUUACUUGACCGCGUUUCCCUUUACAUGGACUUGAUACUCGAAAUACCGCUCAUAUUCGCUCAUACAUCCUCCAGAUAGAUUGCUUCAUUCUAUACUGUGGAAAUGUAGUUAACGCUGAGAAUAAACGCGUCAUGAAAACGUGGAGUCAAAUGGAUAUUUUCAGUAAUAAACCGAUCGAAGAAUUCGCGAAUGAAAAGUCCGAUGACGAUUCCGCUGGCACAUUCCGCGGGUUUGAAUAACACUGUAGGAAAAUUCGCAGAGUUCCAUGUGUCCCGCUGUUAAUAUCGACUCGAUAUUCGAAGUUCUCUGGCUAGGUGAGUGCACGUAGCGCAAAAAUCGCUUAUUGGAUUACACGUGGCAGAAGUUCGGCAAGGAAAAUAUGGUCACCGGUGAUACGCGAGCGAAUAUGAGAGAUAAGGCUGGAUUACGAUCGGAGAUCUAUCGCACGUCGAGUUCUCUAGGAUUAGCCCUUUUCGCUCGUGGAUCCAACUGAGUUAACCGCGCCCGACAUUCUCCCGAGUGUUCUCCACGUACUCUCAUCGGGCACGUCGCUUGAUUGGCUUCGCCGCAGUUUUCACGGAGCCGAUGGCGAAUUGACUGUCAACCCACUGCGAAUACGGCGAAUUAAGAAUCGGGAUCCUGUCCAAAGACCGAUCUCACGCUUCUCUGGGUUUUUUUUCUAUAUUUUGCGCGAAUUUCAUGAACUACGAUUGACAUCGUUUUGCAACUUCGAAUCGCGCUCGCGUUGAAUCAAUAGCUGCAGCAUGUCUUGCAUAAGAUUAGUGCGUCCGAGUUCGUCAUACGCGAACACUUGCUUUGCUGCAAGAUUAUCAGAGAUUCACACAUGAAUGUUUUAAAUAAAAGAGAAAGAUGAUGACAUCGAGUAAGCGCUAUUUUAAUCGCGAAAAUCAGAACAGAAGUUUCUUGACGACCGCUCUCUCAUUCAUCAACAAAGCUCUGAAUUCAAACAAUGAGUCAUUCGCAUGUGGCUCGGAUAAGAAGACAAGACAGAAAAUGUCUUGACAUAAUGUUAAAUAAACACGCGUGGAGUUGAAGAUAAAUCCAUUGUGAUUCAUUGUUACUUGCCAAUGUGCAAUAUUUAUUAAAAAUGAUCGUACUUGCCAAUAAGACGGAAGUUAUAUUUUCUAUUUUACAAUCUUGAUACUCUUUCGUGGCACAGCGUUGCAAACCAAUUUUCGAUUGCCUUUGUUUCUCCAUGAUUAUUCUUGCUUGUACCAUUUCAGUAAAUUAUUUAUUAUUAAUUACUAGAUGGCCUGAUCAAGUACAGUGCGUAUAAAAUGUGGAAUGCGCACGCCUUUAUAAUAUCGGGCAUGCUUCGCUGUCACAAAGCAUGACAGAUAAAACAAUUCGUUCACCAUUUAUUUGUGAUUUCAAUUAGUGGGUCCGGAGCUGUCAUGUUAUUUGGAAGCCUGGGUAUGUGCUUUGAAGUAUUAUUGCUUCAGAGCAGGACAUGUAUAUUAUCGGCAUCGGAGCAUUUCAACGAUCAUUUAAUUAAUUCGCAAUAAACGCGCUGCUUCAACAAAAUUUAUCGUUGCACGUGGCACGCGUGAAAUUUAUGUGUAAAAAUAUAUCGCGAACUUUCGACAGACGUGCACGUCAACAUCCUUUAUGAAAAUUCAAUCAGCUUAAUUCCGCUGUGCAUACCGUAAAUUACCGUUACACAGCUGUUGUUUCAGACGUGAAUUAUAAAGCACAAAGCAUAGUUACGCAACUAUUAUCGUGAUGAUCUCCCAAUAAAUUAUUCCUAUAAGCUCCCCGCUAAAUACGCGACGCAGCUAAACUUCUCAAAUAUUGGACUACGUAUAUUGAAUCAAGCGAAGAAGAAUGCACGCGUCGGAAAUUAUUGAUCGCGCGGUGACAUCAAACAACCGCCACGCCAAACUUUGCUGACCUGUUCCUCGGCGUCGGGCCAAAAGUGAAGCGUGUACCAGCGAUUGUUCGCAUGUUCGCGAAUCGAAUUGGAAGCGUGGAAUCAAAAGUGCCACCCCCGAGCGAUAUCAGGGUGAUUUUCAGCAGGGAUCGUCGCUGAGCGACUGCACUUUUCUAUCCCUGGAGGCGUGGGAAGGAGGGGGUGGGCUCCGGCGCCGCAACGCGGUGGAUCAAAGGAAUCGACGUCCGUAAUUGCUGUUUACCCCGACUUCAACCCUCCCCACAGAUGAGUCAGUCGUUGCAUCCUUCCUCCCCGAGACGAUCGUUGCUCUUGGUGUCAUUGCAAAAAUUUCACGAUCUUCUCCUCUUUCCUUUAGUCCGCCGUAAAGGGACCCCGUCGUCGCCCAUGGGGCCGAUUCACCCCGAAGACUCGAAGUUACAAGGACCGCCACCCCCUCGCUAGAAUUUUCAUAUCCAAAUACUACUCGACAUCAAGCGGAUAUUUCAAGCAAAUGCGAAGGGGAGGGAGCGAAGCUACCCACUUGAGCGCGGGUAAACGCUUGAGGAAAAUAAACCGAGUAACGUCUCGGAAUCGAACGUGUUACUCGCCGCCGGAAAGUAAACGGCCCCUCCGCUCGCUCGUUCUCUCUAUGAAAAUUCCCGCUAUUUUUCCAACAUGAAUUUGAGCUCCCGGCGGCGGAGUGCGCUUUUUCUCGGUGUACUUACACCACGUGCCAAAAUACACAUUCGUGCAAAAGUAGAAUACUUGUAUCAGCCGCCUGUAAGCGGCUUGAACGAGUCUUGUUCGCUGUAAUACACUCAGACGUCGACAUAACGUUCGAACGCAAAAUGGAAAGUGCUACAUGAGCGCGAAUACGAGUGCAUAUCGGCCUUCCGUAACCAUUUCAGUAAGAUUAUUCAAGUUUAUCGGGCGCCUCAGAUAAACGCAAAUACGGGAGACACUCUUGCGUCGUCCUUAUCUUUCCUUUCCAAUGCACGAUGGAAGAUCUUACGUAAAAUAUUCUGUUUGUACGGGAAAUGUAAUGGGAGAUAGUGGGAUGUGUCGCGCGCAAGAAAUGCUGCAAGAUCGAAUGCGUGGGUACGAGGACUCGGAAGUUUAUAACGGCGCGCAGGAGACAAAACUAGCUCUCCGUUGAACUCGAUUUUCCGGCUGUCGUUAAACUAACGGGCGUUCCCGACUGCAGUUUUCUCGCUGCGCUCGCCGUUCGCCUUUUCCCCCAUGGACUCAUUUCGAGACGUUCCCGGUAGAUAUGUGAAAAUGGAAUAUUAUCCGUAUAAACAAUUUCAGGAAACGCGUGUGUUUGUCUUUCCGAUUGCUUCUCACGGAGAAACGUCCGAAACGUCUGUUCGAACGGAAAAACCGGGUGACGGUUCAGACAGUGUCUCACUCGAGAGACAUUAAUCGCAAAACUUAUAAGUCGCAAGUGCACACGCGAGUAUUUAUAAUUUGAAAAAAAUGUCCAGCUUGCCACAACAUCCAAUAAUGCGAGAUUAAAUUACUAAGGCCCCCUAUAAAUCUGCGGAGGAGCUACGAUUAUUGUUAACGAGUGUUGUCCUCGCGCGUAUAUCCGGAACUCCUCGCAUCCUGUUGAGUCGCAGGAUCUCGUGAAAAAUGACUCGCGCUCUUUUUCAGGAUUAGCGUCCGCAAGGACAAGGGUCGAACAGACGCAUGGCGAAGGGGUGGCAAACGGGAGGAACGGGAAUGCUAGAGGGUCAAAUUUCGCGGAGGUGGAAACGGAAGAACGAGAAGCAGCGAAGACGGCGAGCGGAUGGAAGAAAGAGAGAAAUGCUCUCGCGGGAGAAAAUGGAGAGGGACAAGUCUUUAUGGGCACGUAUAACUCAUGCCCCUUAUUGAAACUUCCGCCUGAGAAUGGAUUAAGACGGUUCGCGCGAAAUUUGUCGAAAUUUCCGGAGCGCGUAAUUUAUUCUUGCUCCGCCGUACCUUUCCGCUCCGGGCAACUUGGACCCCGUUUGUGCAUCGGUCACGAGGAAUUGUGGCCUUGCGGCAUGAGUAUUGGUAUCUCUUUGACGUAUCUUCAUUAUCGUUAAUUCCAUCGCCUUAAUACGUAGAUAAAAUACGGUUGAAAUGUAAAUCAAGGCUGCGAUGUUAAUGAAUUUCGUUGAACAUUUCUUGUUAUUUUUAUGACGUAUUGAUAAACAUAUGGCAGGUGAAAGCAUCUGACAAUGAUUUCCGUUAUUGAAGUGCAGUUUGUCACAUCUGUUGAACACAGAUCGGUUAAUUUAUAUGAGUUUGUAAUUCACGAAGAAAAAGCUAAAAAGGAUCGUAUGAUUUAUGAAUUAUACAUUAUUAAGCGAUUUAAUGCAGCGCAUCUGCUGAUGAUAUUCUUGUAAAGUAUAUAUAGAAUGAAUUAUAUUUUUUUAUGGCUCAACUGAAUAUAUAUAUUCUCGAUUUUCAAUUAUUAAUGAAAUUUUUAUAUCAGAAAUCAGAUAAUGUGCAGAGAUACGUCAAUUUGCAUCGUCACAUAAAUAUCAUAUUCUGUGAAUUUCGUUUUAAAAAUAAACGUGAAGAUUUAAAUAUUCUUGCAUAGAUAUUGCACAAGAUAUUUUAAAACCUUUCCAGAUGUCGCAUACACAGUUUAAUUUGCACAUAUAAUAUUUCCAAAAAUAUUUUAUAUUACAGUUGAUAAUUUUCCACUAAAAAUCGAUCUGAGAUAUUCGUAUUUGUAUUUUAUUUUAAGAGAUCUGACUUCUAUUUUUAUACAUUUUUUCAGCAGUGCGAAUAAAGGAUAGCGCUGCCUUGCCGAGAUAUCGGCAAGGACAAAGAAUAGGAAACUGAAACGAGGGAGCUGGAGAAGGAUAAAGAAAACGGGGGUUCGGGCGACGUAUUUCGAGCGGAUAUGAAAUUGCGUGACGUCGCCACGUGAACGAAAUACUCGUCUCUCUCUCUCUCUCUCUCUCUGCCACGUGACACUCAUACCCUGGCAACGACAGGCAGGCAGUCUUGAGAACCACAAGCGAAUCUUCUGGGGAGCAACUCUCGACUCGCCACCGGCGAACAAUUUCGCUCGAUUACAUCCCGGCGAGUCGGUGUUCGCGUGUGCGCCUAAACCGCAUACAUCGCGUUCGUGAACGAUCGCCCGCGCGAAAGUGAAUUCUGCUUUCCCUCGUAGAUCCGUGGUAUCUGCCCAAUUGCACGAACAGAUGAAGCCGUAAACAGGAAUCUUGUUGAAGCACAACUUGGAGAACGCUCGAUAAGCGCGUCGAUGUCCCAGUGGAUUUCUCGUUCUCGUAUCUAACAGCCGAAAAAUACGCACGGUGUGCGUGACAGAAAUAUUUUCAGGAUGCUUCUCCCGAUCUCUGAGGUGUGCGAAUGUGUAUGCGACGCAUAUACAUACGCAUCCAUAAAUAGCUCUGUGGCUAAUUUCCUAAUCCUAGGCCUUACGUUUAUAUGCAGUUUCGCUUGGUUCCCUUUCCUGCGUGGAACGUGUCCGUAUUUUAAUUAGUCUAAUCUAAUCUCACUGUAUACCGUGCACGCCAAACAAACUGCAGCAAUACCACGUCUGGCCGUUCGGAAGUAUCCCGUCGUAAUUGCGGUGGAAGGUGAUAUUAUAAAGUACCUCACGGAUCAGGCGAUAUUUCACGGUGAUAUUACACCUGCUGUAUCCGCAACAAUACCGAAACUUACUAUGCGAAUACGCGAGUGUACUGGCUCAGUGUCGUUAUAAAUCGUAGGGCGGCGUAGGUGGCUGGGGUGCAGGAGGCGGGGGGCUUGGAACUAGAGUGCCGGAAUUAAAUUUCGCACGAGCAACGCCGCGGGUUUCUCGCGGCGAGUGCUACGGAAAGGUGAGAGAAAACGGGCAUGGGAGCGGAAUAAGAAAAAUUGCGAAACGGAGACAAGUGGCGGAAAAUGAUGGCUCUCGUUCCGUUGUGUAAAUAUUUCAAGUGCAUUGUAUAAUAAAUUACUGGUGUGCUGCGAGCGCGUGAUUACGUGGCGAAACGAGCAAAGAGAAGAAGUAACAUCGGUCUCGCUGCUGAUCUUAAGUGCUGCAUAUAAAAAUUGAAAGCCGGAUAUCACAUAAAAUCUUGAAACGCAAAAGCGAGGAGAUUGAGAUAAAUAUUUAAUACAAAGUACCAUGCACGACAUUUGUAUGUCUGCUUAGAAUUAUUAAAAUACCUCGGAUCGAUUGCAAUCUAAUUUUAAUAAAUAAUAAUAUGAAGACGCGAUAUUCUGAGAACGUAAAUUAUAAACGUCAGUUGGAGAGGGCGAUUGUGAUUUGGAAUAUUAUACUACAUAGGAAUAAGCAUGAGAAAUGGUCGACUAAUUGCGUUUUAUUUAUCGCAAAAGUUGCAAACAUAGAAAAGUUCUCUCGUAAGCAUCCUACUAAUGUUUGAAUUAAAUUUUGCAAAGAGCAGCUUUCCCGCUCAGGGCAAAACCAAGUGAAAGGGAUACAAGGAAAAAUUAGCGGGCACGGGCACGCGAGAGAUAUAAAGCAAUCCUUCCGGUGUAUAUUCGUGUUCUUGUAAGAGCACGCAAAGAGAACUGCUGUUACGCAUGGCAAAAUUGUUGCCCGCCAGAUAGGUGAAUGACUGCGAUGCACAUCCCGCAAAUAAUGCUUUAAUGUGAAGGUAUAAAUGCUUUGAUGAAGUUGGAUGAAACAAGCAACAAAUUACUAUCAUUUUCAGGAAAUCUGGCGCGCAUGAUCUAUAAGCGGUGAAUUUGUUUGCGCAAAUCUUACUCGCGAAAAAGUCCGUUUUCGCAACAAAAUUAAUUUCCCGCCUUUAAAAGAUAAUACUUAUCUUCCACUGAUUUCCUUCGAUCGUUGAUUUCGUUAUGUGUUAUAAAUCGUUCUUCUUUGCCCUAAAAUCUAACUAAAAAUUAACUGAUCCUUUUUUUCCGGUAAUAUCACUGCUACUCCGGAGAUGCAUUUUGGCAGUGGUCGCAACCAGAAGAAGCAAUAAUACCGGAGAAUGCAGUGGUUCCCUCGUUUAUCACGCGUAUAAUUGCACUCACUUUACGCCCGCUAUACGAAUACCAGAAUAUACGCGUCGGCUCAAUGUCGUUAUAAAUCGUGCCGCGCGCUGCAUCGCGAGGGUGGGAUCGCGGUGCCCGGAAUUAAAUUUCGCAAGGAGCAACGUGUUCCCGCUGCGACGGGCUGGAGCGAAGAAGACGAAAACGCUGUCGCACCCGGGAAGAAGGGAACGGAAAACAACGUUCCUGGCACGCGUAACGGAAACGGUAUCCUAUAAGAUAAAUUUUCGGGCAUGGCGGAAUAAUUGCAAGCGUCGGGAAAGAGAGCGAAGGAGAAAGAGAUACCCCGCCACCCUGGAAAUUAGCAUGAGAGUAGUGCUAUAAAAUAGGGCUCGACCGUAAAGAACAACUAAUGCUUUGCGAGACAUACCAAUGUAUCAGAAUGGAGAAAUAUUAUCUCCGACAUCAUCAUAGCGGGAGAAAGAAAGUAGCAUUCUCAUAUGCGUGUAUCAACACUAAAAAUUCCAGUACAAACAUUAAAAAUGUACAUCCCUUUAUUACGAGGAUACAGCGGUAUCAAAGAAGCGCUAAGAUAUCGUCAGAUAUCGAAACAAUAAUUGGAAAUAAAUAAUUCUACGUUGAAUAUUUUUGCGUAUGCGUAUGCAAGCGAAUUGCCGUCACAAAUCACACUAUAAGCUCGAUUAUAAAUCGCGGUAAAGGGAAUAUAGUGUAGCGGAAUUAAAUUUCGCGAGGGCGAGCGGAACGUUGCCAUUGCGCUCGAACGCAGGCGGAGCGAAGAAGGCGAUAGGGCGGGAUGAGAAGCGGUGCAAGAAGAAGGGUGGAGAACAAUGUUGUGCGCUGUGGCAUGUCGGUGUGCAGCAACCCCUUGCGAACGUCUGCGACGGCUCGUGCGAGGCCGCCUGUCCCAUCAGUUAUCGUCAAAACGCCCUGAAAAUGCCUCAAGCUUCGCAGGCUGUAAUAAUUGAAGAGACGGUGCGCGCGAGAUAGAGAAAGAGACAUUCCACGCGCGUGUGAGGGAAAGAGGGACGAGGGAGGCGAAAUUGAGACGAGGUAAAUUGAGAGCCGCCGUUGGAUUAAGGGAGGAGGACGACGGUGCUCGCUGCCACAUGCGUCCGCGGUGAUACUACUAUGCUCUUAGUAAAUUAUUGCGAACGGAUACCUGCAACAUUGCCGCAUGCCGCUGUGCGGCACAUCGCUCGAAAUUGUAUGAAGAAUAUAUCCGGCAUGUGCGCGCGCGCGAUGGUUCGUUUCCCCUCGACCGAUGCGUCUGCUAUUAAAUUUUCAGCUCGUGUGCGUUCCAAUAUCGCACAAAUUGCCAAAUAAUAGAUAAAGGCUCGACGAACGAACCGCCAAAAAUGCGGUGAUUUCGGUUUCGCUCGAUGUUUAAUUGCACUCGAUUAAUCUAAUCUGGAAUUUCUAGUAUUACCGAAAUUUUCUAUCGAAUUAAUUAAUAUGAUACCUAGUUUAUGUGUCGAUAAAUAUAUAUGUAUAAGGUGUGACGUGCAUAUCGACACCGCUCGCCGCAAUACGUAACGUGUCAAAUUUCUGCAUUAAUUAUCUGCGAUUAGGCACAUCUGUUAUCGUCAAUGCUUGAGAUACAUCUUCCGACGACGAGAUCGCUAAUGAAGCGCAAAACAAAUUAAUUAUCGCACGGCGAGCUGGCACUGCCAUUACGACACAGCAACUCUUUCUGGUAUUAAUUACGAUCUUAAUUGCGCAAUCUGUUAGCUGGUUUUGAUGAGCGGGAUGAUGUAACAAUCAGGUCGGAUGAACAAAUUCUAUAUAUAAUAAUUAUCGCGGUAGCAAUAAUUGCCGUUGAUAGUAAUAAGAUAAUAACUAUCGUAAUAUUAACACAUUGAACUAUUAAAUUAUUUGUUUACUAUUGAGCUCAUCCAAAAACAGAGAUAAAAGCAGAUUAUAGCAGUAUGUUUCCCCAUUAUAAUUUUAAAUCUGAUUAUGCCGCGGAAUAAUCGGGCUCGAGAAUUUAAAAAUACACCUCAUCGCAAAGUAGACUUCAUAUUAAAAGUUCGAGGGAGCUUACGUAUGUGCGAUGCAUAAAAUAAAAUUGCAGGCCGCAGCCAAGUUUAAACAGAAUACUUGAGAGAGCGUAAACUUACUUCAGAAUCGGAAUAUCGAUACUUUUUAUUUAAAUUAAAUGUGGAAAGUGACAACGUAUAAUGGUCCGCGAUAAAUCCAUCAUCUCGACAAGAUGAACUCGCGGAGAACGAAGCGCCUUCAUCAUCAUUCGAUAUAUUUUUCACGCAUGUAAAUAUAUCGCAAGCAAAUUAAGGGUCAACGUAUAAUAAUUAUCGACGGCACUUUAUUCCAAGCGGUAACAAAGUGCACUUGCGGCAAGGGAGACAAAUUGAAACGAGUUAAACACGUGGUAUUCUAUUACAGUAAUAAUCGUUAGAAUUAAUCAUCAUCAUAAUCGACGAGCGGCGACAGUAACGGGGUAACUAUUACAUGGCUCGUCGAGUUAGCGACAUCGUCGGCUACGGGAACAAAUUAUCGCCGAUGGAAUUUCAACGUUUCAUUAUCUUGAGUGCUCGCCGCCGACGACGAAUGUAUUGAGCUUCUCUCCCGGCGCUACGCACAACCAUCAUUUUUCCGCGCGUGCAUGCGACGCGAGUGCAGCGCGCUUGUCCCCGGACUGGUGAAUCAAUUGAGCUGCGCCGUAAUAUCGGAGUAGCAAUUAUACUUUAUUACGUGGGCGAUCGCGGUGCCGUGCGACGCUCGUUUGUGAAUUUCGCGCAUUACAUUCCGCUCCGUAAACGAUCCACUAUUUUCCGUGCAAUUGCGCUUGCAAUAUUUAUGAUGCUGUACUGUGUGGACGCCGAUGUCGAGACAAGUUAUGAUUCGAUAUUCUUCUUAUUCACGUGAGAUUUUUACAGCCACUCAUUAAAUACAUAUCAGAGGCGAAUGUAUCGACAAUACAUAAUAUCGGGCAGUAAGUUCUUUUCUUUUCUUUCGGUUAUAGAAUACGCAGAAUACGCAAUUUGAUCCUAUCGUUUUGCAAUGGAUAUCUUGAAUUCAAAGCGAAAUUACGCAGAAAUCUGGAUUAAUAGGCGUUCUCUGUAUUUAUCAUCGGACAUCUCAGUAGCACAAUCUCAAGUUAAGCAUUAGCUAAGAUACUACUUAAAAGUAAUCGAAAGAUAGAACACGCAAUUCAUAGUUUCUGCUUGUAGCUGAAUUCGUCGAAGCGCUUUAAUAUUUCAUAGCCCUUAGCGCGACCGUAUCGAUACCGUACGAACGAGCAUCUCUGCUUGCUUCAUUGGAAACCAGUAAGCAGGUUUAAAAAUCAUUACUGACUCCUCUCUGUAAAGGGUUCUACGAACGGUUGUUGAAUCGUACGCGUCUCGGGAGAGUAGGAAUAGCGGAGUGAGACUGGAAGCAGGUUUGCUGAGGACGGGGGAGGCAAAGGGGCCAUUUCACGGAAUGAAGAUGUAUGCGAAGAAUCAGGAAGUCGCUGCUUGCCUUCCUGUAGUGGAGGAGCAGUGAAGCACUUUCGUCUCCGGGACGACCGACUUCACGAACGGGAAAACAUUAGGCAUCCGACGAAGGAACCGAAGCAGCAUCAACGAUGGCGGAAUUGCACGUGGAUUUAUUUAUUUCACCCGCGCUGUGUCUCGCCUUUUUCUUUUUUUCUCCCGAGGAUCGUAGGAAAAUUGCGCCGACUCGUGCGAUGGAGCGGAAUGCGUUAAAGCCGAGUGAAAAAUACACGAACUCUGCGCACUCCGCGUUGUGUACAUUUACGGAAGUACCUGCUCCGUAGGUACAGCCGGAGGGAUGAGAAAUGUAUGCUUCCAAAGUACCCGGAAUAAUAUUUUAAUCGUUGGAUGAAGAAAAAAGGCUCAAGAAGAGAAAGAAGAGAAUCCGUAUAAUUAUUAAUAAUUAUUGAUCUUUGCAUAAAAUAUGAAUAUAAUAGCUGCAGUUUUAUGAUUAUCCAAAACACAUUGUCGCAAAUUAACUAAUUAUAAAUUAAAUAACUUCUGCUUGCUCGGUUGAUCUUGAAUUCUCGAUUACUCUUUUUGCGCUCGUAAUAUUAUACCGUUUUCGUGCCUUCAAAUGUUUCGAGAUUGCGUCAAGAUGUCCUAGAAAAUCGGAAAUUCGGAAUCGGAACGAUUUAUUCAGAGUAAUGAUAGAUUUGACGGCUGAGGUGAUAUUCUCGUUCCGAUUUUGACGCGGUUAUCGCAAAACGUUUUGCCACGUGCGAGUCGCGAGAAUCGUUUAGCUCUGACGCGGCCGGUGUUUCAGCAAAAAGUGCACCGCGGUGACCCAGAUGCACGUCCGGCGGACAGAGUUUCAUUUUAAAGCUCGUAAAAAAGCGCCUUUUUGCGACCGCCCGAUUCCGUCGCGUUCGCGGCGCGGAAAAACGCGCGAACUUGCGCGCGUUCGACUUUGAUCGGUCGACACUGCCAUUGGAUCGACCCAGACGAGUACAUCGGUCGUUCAUCAUCAGCUGAAGUUUGAUAAAACUUCGUCGUCGAGGUCGUGCAACUCCGAAAGUCGAGGGGCGUAAUGAAGUGUGCCGACGAGAUAGAUAAUGAUUAAUUUAAUUACACCUGACCGCUCUCUCUCUCUCUUCUCCCCCUUUCUCCACCUACUGCGAAUUUCUAUUCCCUGAUAUCUCCGACGGCCAUCGUAAAAAUUCGCCGAUUACCGUCGGUGACUCUUCAGCAUCCCUCGGAUUACUGUCUGCCAUUGAUAUCGGGAGCCAGCCGAGAGUUGGACGGCAUUCGAAUUAAGAUCUAAUUUGAAUAACUGCACGAGCGGUAACUUUUAUGAAAGCGCUAUCGGUCCAAUAGGAAGUAAUUACGUAUAUUGGAACGAAGGUAUAUUAAUUGAAGAAGUUCUAUUCAGCAUGAGCGAAUUAGCGCGCAAUUUUGCAACAGCGGGAAACGUAAGACUUGCUGAGAGGCUCGCGAGGAAAUUCUCUACUAUUAUAAAUUUUCUACUGUCAAGCUGGCAGGUCAAUAUUUGGGAAUUAGAUACACUGAUAAGAGUUUCAGAAGGGAUUGAGGUUUGCUGGAUGACCUCUCCAAAGAGAAGAUUUCUAAUGCUUGGAUAUCUCCUGUACCUAAUAGCUCCACGUUUUCUUUUAACGGGUUUCAAUACAUUCUAUCGUUUUAGAUGUAUAUCCAGACAAAGUUUAACAAAACUCGUGAGGAAUACAAAGGAUACCUGGAGUGUGCCAAACAACCAUUCGGUAUCCGCCUAUCGGAUAAGGAACUGCGAAGAGACGAGAAACAGGAACGAUGGGAAUGUUUCCGAUGGCGUGACAUGAGUCGGAAAAGCAGAUUAGAGAUAGCACUUGGGAAGAAAAAGCCUCGCUUACGUCGAUAAAAUUAAUUUAAUUCCUCGCUAUUUCCAUUUCGCUGCGUAUACUAUUGCGAGGUAGGGACGACUGAUUAAAAGAAAUAGCCAAAUUUACCGCGAAGGGGUGAGUUUUCAUUGUUUUUUAUGCUCUCUUCCAAAUGUACCUUAAUUUUAUCAAUUUUAUAAUGUCAUGGGGCGUGACGUUUACAUUUUACAUACCUCAGAAGAUUAAAAACCGCAGUUGUGGCUAAAUUAUGGUAAAAUUCAAACGAGGCACACUGUACAUUUAAUUUUUUAGCAUUAUUAUUAUUAAUAUCUUAAUAUCUUUUAAUUUCAUUAUUACAUCACUAAAAGAAUUUUCUGAUAUAUCAAAUCCAAGUAUUCACAUAAUUAAAAAGAAUUCACAUACACAAAUACGCAAAGCCAAAAUAUAUAUCACAAAUAUUAAAUUUUAGUAAAUAUAUUUAAAACAUCGCAUCUGUUACUGAUUUAAUUUAAUUUUAAAUCGUUUUUAAUUUAUUAUAUUUUUUGUUCGCUUUAUUCAGUCUGCAACAUGCUAUAUACUAACGCAGUCUUUUUUUUUCAGUGUGACACACUGCGAUUCAGUAAAUUUAUGAUAUUGACAAAAUUGCGUUGCGUGUUUAGAAAAAAAUGUGCUGAAUUUAUGAUAUUACUACCAUUAUGAAUGAAAGGAAAGAGAUAAUUUAAAAUGAUAUUUAAACGCAUAUCUCCAAAUUGAAAUGUGUCAGGUAUCUGAGAGAAAUGUCUGAACUAAUCUUUUAAAAUCGUUUUAUAGGAUAUUCCUAUAUAUCUGUCUCUGAUUCACAUUCUUUCUCUUUUUCAUUUUCUGCAAUAAAAUAUUUAUUUAAAUAUUAGUUCUGUCUUUUUAAAUAAAACCUGCGUGUGAUUUCUCAUGAGUACUUCUCGAUAAUAAAAUUAUUUGCAUAAUGUUUGAAUAUAACGUGAAUAUAACACGCGUAUAUUAACUUUUCAGCGUUGUUAUCAUUGCUUAAUAUUUUAUCUAUCUCAUUAAGAUGCAUUUAAGAUUUUAUAUCUUGUGAAGAUAACAUCGAUUUGUGAUUAAAAUAUCUUCCAUAUUUUUCUUUAUUUUUGUUAAAUUUUACUAUUUCAAUUAAGAUGUACGUGAUCUCUAAUGGUAUUAUAUGAUUUAUUUUUAAUAAUUAUCAUAUAGACAGACAGACAGAAUCAAUGACAGUUAUUGGCAUAAUUUGUAUAUAUGAAAGAAAAAGAUUCCUUUCUCCACUAGUGAAAACUAGGUUAUCGUUAUCGGCGAGAACCAGUUUUCUUCUUUUCUGAGACGCUUUACGAAGAUAAUGCCUCAUAAAGAAUUUCUUGCAUUUCCUAACACUAAGCGACGAGUAUCGAACUCCAUAACUCGCUCUACUCGCGCUCGAUCUCGAAACGUCGCGUAUCUCGGGAUCUGAUUGAAUUAUGUCGGACAGGUACCCGAUCUCUUCGUUUCCUCCUCGCACGAGGAUGGGCUUUACAGUGACUGAAUUACGGUUACUAUCUUCCAUAGCUGACUGGAUCGGCAUUCAUAUGUACCACGUUUUUACGCUUUAACGUGAAACGUGAACUAAAAUUUUCAUGCUUGCACAGUGAUUGGAUAAAAAUCACUGGUGGUACCUCAAAAUAAAGCAAUUUCGAAAUAACGGUCGACCGGUUGCGUUAACCCAGCGGAACAUGUGGACCCGCGAGAUCUCGCGGAUAUGCGAAAAACUGCAACUAAAUUAACGAUGUCUGAUCCCGAAAGCGCGCAGAAUUCAUUCAGAGCUUUUACAGCGACGACUGUCUCUGUUACCGCGUGGAUUGAAUUAUAUAAAAUGCUGUCUUGAUCCCUCCUGGAAGCCGGAGGCGUGGGGUUUUCAACGGCUAAAUUAUAGACCGUCGCGAAUAUAGACUGAGCAACGACAUGGGCAAAGCAUUGCGCAGCGUCUGAAAUAAGCAGAUAAAGCUCCGCGAGAGAGCCGGAGCUUUCUGUUCUUUCAGCCGGCAAAAGUGCGAAGGGAUGAGAAGCUUACUUAAGACGACGCUUAUCAUUCAUUCUGCCGUCGCUUUCAUCCAUACGACCCAUCUUCUUCUUCCUUCGUCGUUCGUUUUCUUCAAGUAUCUAUAAUCGAAUGAGCUGAUUAAUUAUUUAGUACGAAAAGAUUUUUACGGUUUCAUAACAGCGACGCUGAAAUAUCACGAGAAUAUAAGCAAAGGAGAUGUAAUGAAAGAAGUCUGAUCUUAUAGUUUGAAAAUCUCACGAUUGGUAUUUUAAUACUUUGGCACAAUAUCCAAAAGUAUCUCUAAAGUAUUCGUGUUUUUAAUGGGUCUCGGAGGAAAGUUGACGCAAUUUAAGUUUCUCCGAAUUACAAAGAUUUCGUUCUUAUCAUCUCGUAGCGGACAAACGUGUUGAAAUUAAAAUUGUCGUGAGCGCAAGUUAAUUUCAUUGCAAAUACGAAAUUGAAUUUGGACAUAUUUCAACACAUUUAGAAUGAGAUGAGUAUCGGGUAUGGAACCACCGGGAUAUCGGCUCGGAAUCGAGGUAAUGUGAUCUUAGUAGAGGAAUUCGCGGAUAUCAUUUUAUUGCGAACGCGGAAUCCGAAGCGAACGGUGAUGGUGGCGGAAGCCGAAUCGAGAGGGACGCCGAGCCGCGCACGCGAAAAUCGCUGGGGAUUCGCGCUGUUUUAUGGGACGUUGGAACGCUCGUUUCGCAUUGUUUGUUCGCAUAAUAAUUUACGUGCCGGGUUGCUCGUAGGAUGACUGCCGGCAUGAAGGCUGGAUGGCGGCGGCAGCGCGAAUAAGAAAUGUCCUAUAUAUGUCGCGGGUGUGAAAUAGGAGCGGAGAUCAAGCGGAGGACGAAGAGGAAGAAGAACGGCAAACACGGCAGAGUGGAACAAAGCGACUUGCGCGAAGGUGAAGAGGAAAACGCGAAGGAUACGUAUGCUCGCCGGGAUCCAACAGCGACGAAGCUCGCGAUUUUAUAUUUGUCUCAUUUCUGAGUGAUAUCUCCGUCCUCACGCGCGGCUGUUUCCUCCAUCAUUACGUCCGCUCUUCUUCUUCUUCUUCAUUUCUUCAUUCUUAGUCUCGCAGAUUGCCCGCUGUACCGCGUACGCGAAACGAUCGCAUCCAUCAUGCCGGAAUGACCUAAGUCGACUGAUGCGAACUGUACUUUCAACGUGUGAAAGUAGAGAUUUGCACUCGCGUUACACAUUUACGAGUUCGAGGAUAUUUUAACAGUAUCGUAUCAGAAGAAAUGGUCGUAUGCGGCAACAGAUAAUGGAUACGACGAAAGAAGGUCAAUCUCAAUUUAAAAUCUCGAAUUAAGAUUGGUAUUAAAAGCAGCGGGCGCGUGACGAGUGUACUACGAUGUGCUUUCGUUAAAAUAAAUUGGUCCAAAUACAAUAGUCGUCUUAAUUUGGUAGGUCUUGACCUUCUUACAAUUCAACCUUCCCUCUCUUAUGAUCGUGACAAAAAUGUCUCGGAUUGAUAACGUGAAAAUGCACCUCAUGAAAAAUUCGAGAAAAUGGAUCCAAACUUAAUUUUUCCAAGCGUGAGAUUAAUUUUAUCGAAACGGAAACGGAUUUUCGAUGAAGACCCAGAAAGUGGGUGGAUCACAGCUGCACCAAAUCUUUCGAUCAAUUCAACUGUACAAUGCAUUACACGUCCAGACAUCGCGGAGAAAUCUUGGGAUAACGAAGCGGAAUCUUAAGAGGUUCAACGUAAGUGCGGGGGCGUUGCGUUAUACGCUAUUCGGGCGGUACCGUUUCACGACCUUACAGCUUCACGCGUCCUUUUAAUGGAUACUUGAGCUUUCAUGACCUUGCGGGUUCGCAUUGUCCGGUUUUCCAGUGGUGAUAUUUCCGGCGCGAUUAAUUGGAACGGGUGCCGGUGAAGGCGUGCGAGAACGUUAAGUAGAACUCACGAAACGGCUGAAUCAUCUCCUGCGAGAAGCUCAAGGAGAUGCCCGACCCGGCUAGGACGGAGACAAUUAAUAAUUUGUGUUCGGGGGGCUAACUUCACAGCUGCCGUAAAACGCGCUAAAAGCGCGAAAUCGAAAAUUUUCUUUUUGCUAUCGUUUUAUGGAAAUCCUGAAUCUGGCCACUUGUA